AUGGCGGGGGAGGAGGCCAUCGCCGUCGCCGUCGCCGUCGCCGUCGCCACCGGCGGAUAUGAUCCAGGAAUCAAGACCCGCGACUCCUGCGCCUCCCUCUGUCGCCCCGAUCACGUUAACAGGCUUGAGAUAACUCCUGAUAGAAGGCUCUUAGCUGCAGCUGGAAAUCCUAGUAUACAAUUUUAUGAAAUAAACCCAGAAGUCAAUUGUCCAAUGGUUCAGGUUUUGAGCUAUGAUUCACAUAUUAGAAAUGUGACGGCCAUAGGAUUUGAGCGUGAUGGCAAUUGGAUGUAUUCAGGUUCAGAAGAUGGGAUGGCUUCAAACUUAAAGGCUAUGGUUGUUGCCUUAAAUAUAGCUUGUAUGCACAAGAUAGCAAAAUCAUGGCUGCAGAUGGAGUUGAUUUCUGACGAUCAGAAUGGAAAUAUGUGUGUAUGGGAUUUAGGAGCUAAUGCAUGCAGUAUCGAGUUGGUGCCAGAGGCAGAUACAGCAAUGAGAUAUCUAGAGAUAUCAUUUAGAGUAACUUCUUCUAAAGUGAGAUUCUUUUUAUUUUGUUCUCCGAGAAUUGCUUGUGGAUUGGCCCCAUAUAUGCAUCAGAUGAUCGCUCACCUUGAGCCCCUGCAUAGAAUGCAAGCACAUUCUGGCUACAUUUUAAGGUGCCUGCUUUCACCGGAAUUAUGCAGUCCUGUCAGUUCUGAAGCUUCAUGGCUUUGUUUGUUUCUUCGUACAAGCAUAUCUAGGAUACUGCUUAUUCUCCCUCGAAUAUAUCCUAGGUAUCUUGCCUCUGCAUCUUCAGAUCACAAUGUUAAGAUAUGGAGUGCUGAUACGUUUGCCUUGCUGCAGACAUUAGCAGCUUCUUCUGAUACAACUGCUAGAGUGUGGAAUGUGGACACAGGAAAUUCCGUUGGUGUAUGA